UGCAAAGGAAAAACAAGGGUAGUUAUGCCACUCUCCGCGUAAUAGCAACAUAACAUGCACCUUCCUCACACAUUCCCACUCAUAUAUGUUAUGUCUAUAUAUUUAAGAGUGUAGUGUAGUGUCUUCAAAUUCUCACAGUAAAGCAACCUACGAUGAAGAGAGGCAGAGAAGAGGGUGAAUUAGACAACAUGGCUAAGUGUUUGAUGCUAUUGACGAAAGUUGGUGAGAGUGAUGCGAAAACAAAACAUCAAGUUGGUGAAAUGGGUGAUUUCAAGUGCAAAACUUGCAAUAGAAGGUUUUCUUCUUUUCAAGCACUUGGUGGUCACAGAGCAAGUCACAAUAAACCAAAGCUCAUGAUCACAGAUCUUUCUUGCCAUCACCAGUUACCUAGUCCAACCACGAAACAACAAUCUAGGAUGCACCCAUGUCCCAUUUGUGGCCUUCAGUUUGCCAUUGGACAAGCCUUGGGAGGGCACAUGAGAAAGCAUAGAACUGCCAUUAAUCAUGGUUUGUUCAAUAAUCGUAGAGAUUCGGGUUCUUUGUCCAUUCUCAAGAAAUCUAAAGAUGGUGGAAGGUUGAAUCUGUGUUUGGACUUGAACUUGAUGCCAUUAGAGGAUGAUGAUCUUAAGCUCAAUCUCAGAACACCCGUUCUCGAUUGUUUCAUUUGAUCGAAAAUUUUGUACUUAACCAGAUUCUUUUUUUUUUGCCUUACACAGUUAUUGUGUAUUUUUUCGUAAUUUUAUUAUCUAGCGUAUGAACCUACUUGUAGUAUUGUAUCGUGUUUAUAUGAAAUUUAUUAGUUCUCAAUUA